AUGAAAGUCGAGCGUACAAAUAUAGACAGAUCUGAUCAGCUUCUCCCUCUCGAGGCACACAUCCUCAAACGCUUGCAGUUUUCUCCAUACGCGGCCCAAUUUCAACAAUAUGGGAGUUGUCAAACAAAACAAGGCGGAUUUCGUGUCCUCAUAAUGGGACUUCUUGGCCCAUCAUUGAACGAAUUACAAAAGCAACAACUCAACGGACGAUUCUCAAUCGGCACGAUACUGAAGAUUGGAAUACAGGCAGUCCGGGCUGUUGCAUUUAUGCAUUCCACGUAUUUUGUGCACCGCGAUAUAAAGCCAAGCAAUUUUGCAAUUGAUGAAGUUAACCACAAACGGCUAUAUCUCUUUGACUUUGGACUUGCAAGAUCAAUAAAAACUCGAGGAGAAAUGAGUUUACGGAGGCCCAGACCAGACGUUCCAUUUCGCGGAACCCCAGCUUAUUGUAGCCUAAACGCCCAUAAAAGAAAUGAGCACGGGAGACACGACGAUUUGUGGUCAAUUCUCUAUAUGUUGGUGGAAUUAGCUAUAGCGCGCCUUCCAUGGCAAGGCAAGACUCGAAUUCUAACAAAGAUACUUAAAGAACAAUUAAUGGAUUCUCAUUAUAUGUUUGGAUGCCCAAUCGCGUUUUCAACAAUUUUAAUUUAUUUACGCUCGUUGGAUUACUAUAAAAGGCCUGAUUAUGUUGGAAUUGAGCACGCAUUUUUUGAAAUGCUGAGGGCACGUAGAUUAAGCUGGGGUAUUCAAAUGGAAUGGGAGAAUCAACGACCUAAACAAUAUAUGGGAGUCAGCGUACCUAAUACCUCAAAUAGCAGCGAUAGAUAA